GGCGCCGGGCCCGCCCGCGCAAGGUCGCACCUUGGGCCUGGUACCCUCCACAAGAACCCGUCGUCGUCGUCCCUGUCGGGCACGUCGUCGGCCUACUCGUACGAGGCGGCGUCCCCCUCGCCCGGCCUGCCGCCCGGCGUCGGCCCCUCACCCGACCCGAGCACGUCGUCCGGCCUCGACGCCUCGGUGCAGGAGGACGUCGUCCCGACGGGCUUCGACGAGGGCGUCCUGAGGGCUCUGUGCGACAGCGACUGCGGCAUGCCGUUGCUCCUCGAGCGCAUGAAGCAGAGCAUGGCGUCAUGUCGAGAAGCGUCUACGUUCCUCAAGAAGCGGGCGCAGAUCGAGGAGGACUACGCGCGCUCGAUGGCCAAGCUCGCCCGGUCGAGCAUCGAGAACUACCAGGUCGGCGACGGCAAGGCCGGCUCGUACGUCACGUCCUGGCUGUCGCUCCUGCGCACGCACGAGGUCCUCGGCGACAACCGCAUCAAGUUCGCCUCGCAGCUGAGCGACAUGGCCGACGAGCUCGCCGUUCUCGGCAAGGAGGUCGACAAGAGCCGCAAGGCGACCAAGGACCUCGGCGCCCGACUCGAUAAGGGCCUUCAAGAGCAAGAAGGGCUCGUCGACAAGGCCCGUACUCGCUUUGACGCCGCCGCAGAAGAGCUCGAGCGCCUGCUCGUCCUCAAGCAGGGCGAGUCGAUCACGCCCUCGUCGGUCCCGCACGCCGGCGCGUCGGGCGCCAACCCGUCCAAGGGCCGGUCGUUCGGCAAGGCCAUGAGCAAGCUCAAGGGCCCCAAGAACCCGGCCCAGUUCGCCAAGCAGGAGGAGGACGUGCGCUCGCGCAUGGGCCAGAGCAGCGACUCGUACCGGGCGCAGGUCGCCGGGGCGCAGAGCGUCCGCCACGAGUACUUCAACCUCCAGCUCCCGCGUAUCUUGCGUGCCCUCAAGGAGAGCGUCGACGAGCUGGAUCUCGGGACGCAGUACCACCUUUCGCGCUACGCCUACCUGUUCGAGGCGCUCCUCGUCACCGACGGCCUCACUGUGUCGCCCGUCUCGCCAGAAGAUGGUCCGGGCGUCAAGGGCGUCGUCGACUCGAUCGACAUUCGCGAGGACUUCAAGACGUUCAUGCAGCAGUUCUCGCUCAACUGGCAGAUGUCGGGUCAGCGUGGUCCUCGGCGAGAAGGUCCGGCCGACGAGGGCUUUAGCGGCACCCUCCAGUCGUUCGCGUCCGUCGCGCCGCCAGCCGCACCGACUCGACCGACGUUCGGCGUCGACCUCGGCGAGCAGAUGGCUCGCGACAACGUCGACGUGCCGCGCAUCCUCGAGAAGUGCGCCGAGGCGAUCGAGGCGCAUGGGCUCGACUCGAUGGGCAUCUACCGCCUGAGCGGGACGACGAGCAGGGUGCAGAGGCUCAAGGCUGCGCUGGAUCGCGACCUCGAGGGCACGGACCUGCUCUCGGAGGAGCACCUGUCCGACAUCAACGACAUCGCCGCCGUCCUCAAGCUGUGGUUCCGAGAACUGCCCGAGCCUCUGCUCACGUGGGAGCUGUACCAUCAGUUCAUCGAGGUCGCGAAGAUCGAGAACGACCGACUGCGGCACAUCCGGCUCCACGAGCGCGUCAACGACCUGCCCGACCCCAACUAUGCGACGCUCAAGUUCCUCAUGGGCCACCUGCACCGGAUCGCGCAGCACGAGUCGGUCAACCAGAUGAGCGUGUCCAACCUCGCCAUCGUGUUUGGGCCCAACCUCCUCGGCGCGCCACCGCCGCACCUCGCGCCGCAGUACGCCUCGUCGGGCUCGCAGCCGCCCGCCCCGCAGCAGGGCGGGGGGCUCGCCGACAUGCAGUGGCAGUGCAAGGCGGUCGAGACGAUCCUGUCGCACUUUCAGGAGAUCUUUGUCGAGUAGCGCCCCUUUGCAACUCGCUUCUCGCCUCG